UCUUAAAAUCCCAAACCCCCUCUUCAAAUUCCAAAGCUCUCAUUUUUACCCCCAACCAAAAUCUUUUUACCCUUUUCCCUUUCGUCUCCUCCCGAAUUUCUCACCUCGGAUCUCGAUCGCAGGGCGGGAAAGAGAUCAGGAGGAGAGAGGCAUAGAUGGGUGCAGCGCCAGAGUGCGGUCGGCCCCAUGAACGGAGCCUGACGGCGGCGCCGGAGGAGGAGGAGGGGGUCCACGUGCUCAAUGGCGGAGGAGGACCAAACUGGUGGCCCCCAGGGUUCAGAUUUCAUCCCACUGAUGAGGAGCUGGUUCUUUAUUAUCUUAAGCGCAGGAUCUGCGGUCGCCGGCUCAAGCUCCGGAUGAUCGGCGAUGUUGAUGUCUACAAGUGGGACCCUUGGGAACUUCCAGACAAAUCGUUGUUGAGAAGCGGUGACAAGCAAUGGUACUACUUUAGUCCCAGAGAUAGGAAGUACCCGAAUGGAUCAAGAUCUAAUCGGGCAAGCAAGCAUGGCUACUGGAAGGCCACGGGCAAGGACCGUAUCAUCUGUCAUAACUCCAAGGCUGUGGGUAACAAGAAAACUCUAGUCUACUAUCAGGGCCGAGCUCCAAAAGGGAAGCGAACUGAUUGGGUGAUGCACGAGUACACCUUGGAUGAGCAAGUUCUUAUGAGCUGCAGCAAUGUGCAGGAUUACUUUGCACUCUAUAAGCUUUUUAGAAAGAGUGGACCUGGUCCCAAGAACGGAGAGCAGUAUGGUGCACCAUUCAGAGAAGAAGAAUGGGAGGAAGAUGUUCCUGAUGAUCGUCUCAAGAACCAAACUGACAUGGGCAACAAAAAUGAGCAUCUUCAUUGUCAGUCAGUUGAUAAAAUAUCAGAUGUUAAUAGGAGUGGACUACCAUAUUAUGAUCUCGAGGACAGCUUGCCCCAAAUGUCAAAUGAGCUAGAUGUGAUUCCACAAAGUUCUGAAUGUUAUGGUCGGAACAACAAUAUUCAAGAUGAUAAUUUUGGGAGCCAAAGUAACAGAGGGGACAAAUCUGAAGAGCAUCUUCAGAGUCAUCCAAUUGAUAGAGUGUUGAAUGAGGAAAUGAAUGCACCUCCAAGUUAUGAUCUUGAGGAUAUUUUGCUGCAAAUGUGUGAUGAGGUAGAUGUAGUUCCUGAGGCGAACACUGAAACUUCUGUUAUAAGCAAUUCUUUGUGUCCUCCAUCCAAUGAAAAUGAUAUUUUUCCACAACAAACUGGUACUUGGUGUGAGCACAGGAGCUCCAUAACAAGCUUUCAGAUCACACCAUCACCUUCUGCUGCUUAUGCACAACCAAUAGAGCUCCCAGAGUUAUCGUCCUUGACCAGUGAUGCAGUGCAGGAACAAGAGGUAGCCGCUGAAGAAUUUCUAGAAAUUAAAGACUUGAACGAUCUUGAUUCAAUAGAUUGGAGAACAGAUGAUGCAAGCAAAAUUGAUCAUAUUGCAAUUACUGGCGGGUUGAUUGAUACAGAUGAUUACUUUGAUGCCCAAAUGUACUUAGCUGAAGCUCUGGGACCCGAUCAACAAACAAAUCAAUAUCCAUCCUUGAAUGGCUUUGGUGUCAAUAAGACGGGUAGCCAAGCAUCUCAUGUUACUACCGAGAUCUGGCCACAGGAGACGGCUGUUAAUGUCUCGAAUGCUAUAGAGUCAAAUACGGCUACGUCGUCAGGUUUGGGCACAGGGGAGAUGAAUGGGAUUUCAAGUCCCUCAGGAUCUUGGUUCAAUUCCACACUCAUGGCCUUCUUAGAUUCUGUACCGAGUAGUCCCGCCUUUGCAUCAGAAAAUGCCUUGAUAAGCAGAGCACUUGAACGAGUAUCGAGCUUUAGGGCAGAGCAGAUUCAAGAAGCUGGAAAUCCUCCUGCUGUUGCUCGGAGGGAGGAUCGCAAAAUUGGUGGAUUCCUUUUUGUCUCAUUUCUUGUUGGGCUGGGAGCUGUCACUUGGGUCCUAGUUGUUGGUACCGCACUAAAAGUUAUAAAAGGUUUAUGGGGUAGAUUUGCGUCCUCUUAGCCUUUGAGCUUUCGUAGUCUAAAUUUUCUCAAGCUUUUCAGAACCAAGCUUCGCAAGUCACGGAUUUCACUGAAGGUGAGGAUGCAUGUAGUUCAGUAUCAGGUCAUGCAGCGUAUGGAUUUUAUUCACAGCCCGCGGAAUUCUUUUCAGAUGAGAUGAAGCGUGCACAAAGAUUGUACUCUCAUAUAUAAAAUUUCUCGCAGUUCUGAAGAUGCAAGCUCCUGUAACUGCAGUAACUUUUUGUACAUCACAGUCUACAUAAUUGUUCACGCACGAGUGAAUGCAAGAGAUCCUUUCAUAUGAUCUCCCUGGAUUCUGAUAAGUCGUAGUAGCCAUGAUAAGGUUUGGGUUCGUAUACGAACUCAUCAAAAUGGAAAGGGUUCGCUCAAAGGUAUCAUUGUUUGGAACCUACUGUCGUUGGAGCUCUCAUGGCCGCGAUAACGGACAGACCCCCUCGUUUAAAUAUUUUCGCCUCUUUCGCCCUUAAGACUCGCUAAUUUCAUCCAAGGGUACCAUUUACAUCACUGAUCCUCGUGUCAUAUUUAAGUUUUAUUAAAUUUAAUUUGCCAAUGGUUAAAAAUUGAGAAAAAAACGAGAAAAC